CGUUGCAGGUCAAAGACAGCUGUACUUUUUACCCUGAUCUGUACAGUGAUGCAAUUAAACAUGCAGUGAAAGAGUUCAGAUUUUCAGAACACAAUACUAGUGUUUCCACCGAGAUACAUUAUAAAGGAACACUGUAUAAAAAAGGGCAUUUCCUUUUGUCUAAAAAUGAAGAGUCAGUGGAGUUUGGAGAACUUGUCAUAAUUUUAAUUCAACAUGAUACAACUGUGUAUUUUGUGAUGGAUACCCAUGAAGCUGACUAUCAUUCUGAAUACCAUCUCUAUUCAGUGACAAAGCAGAACACAAGGUUACUGUGUCUUAACAUCAAUGACUUGGUAGAUUUUUAUCCAUUAAUGCCAUACAUUUUAAAUGGGCAACAGUUUAUUCCUCUGAAGCACAGUGUGUUGUCAAAAUGAAUACCAUUUUGACCACUGUGAUAUAACACUGACAAGUUUGUAGGCUUUAGUAAAACAAAACGUACAUAACAAAGAUAAGUGCUUACAUUAUACACUAAGCAGAAGUGUCUUCUGUCUAUACACAGAUAACCAAAUGUUUUACUACUUUAGUCCUUUUUAUUUGUAAUCUUGAAAACCGGUGUCAUGCUUUCUUGAUUUCAGAAAUGGCUGACUUUGAGCAAACAUUUCUACGUACUGCCAUCAAUGAGGUCUUACCUGACCUUCCAGAGAUGUCAAAAGACAUUAUAGAAGAGACUUUGCAGUCUCUUGGGGUGGAGACAUAUGAUGAUUUUCAGUUUAUUGUGGAGGACGACUUGCUGUCAGCGUUGAGGCCAGUUCAAGCCAGGAAAGUACUUGCUGCAUGGAAACUAAGAUAUCAAUCUUCUGUGUUUUUUGCAGGCCAGACUCCUGACACCAGUAGGUCAUCUGUAGAUUCCUCACCAGAACCUCCUUCAUCGCUGCAAUCUCCUUCACCCCAAAGCUCAUCAUCAUCCUCCUCCAACAGCAAAUGUUCUCCUGGAAUAGAGUGUGCUGAUAACUUUCUCAUACCAUGGGAUAAGUUUUCAGAGGAACUGAUGCAGUCAUUGGAGAGAGGAAAACGACCUAGUCCACGAAUGAGAAGGGAAAUGGUUAGGAUUGUGGUGCGUGAGAUGAUGAACAAAAGUUCUAGCAUAAGUAAAAGGAGCUGCACAGAAGUUGCCAGGAAGAUGGUGGCAAAGUAUCCAAAAUCUCUCCAAGAUGUCAUAGAGGGAGAUGUCAUCGGAUUGGGUUAUCACUCUUUAGUGAAGCAAUUGCAAUACAGGUUGGAGAAUGUGAAGAGGUCUAUGACUCCAAAAAUAAGAAAGCGAAAGCGUCACUCUGGGUCUGACACAGAGGAAAUCCCUCCUGAGCAGAGAGCAGCAAUCCAGGACACUUAUGGAUGCAUCAAGUGGGAUCUUAAAUUUCUGCCCCUUGGAGAGACCCCAGAGAGCCAGCAAGACAAGAAAGAAAAACUGAAGAUGCUGUCUCAGCAAACCAAUGUAAAUCUAGAGGAGGUCAAACAACUGAUGAAGAAGACUUUCUACUCACAGCGGAAAGACAUCAAUCAGGGGAAAGACAUCAAGCAUGUCCUGAAGGAGUGGCCAUUUUGGUUUAAAGAUAUUGGCAUUGGAGUCCAUUUUAAGGAACUUACUGGAAUUGAACUCAAAGAAAAGUUCACACAGAAUUUGGAUCUGAAGGGGAAACGGCUCCUGAGCUACAUGAAUACUGUUUGUAUACAGAAGAGCAAGAAGUUCCUACAGGCUCUUACACAGUUGAAGGUAAAGAGGGGGGAGCUGAGUGGGUGCUCUGAAGACAUUAAAGAGAUGGUGCUGCUUCUGCUGUACUACUUUGAUGAGAAGGAAGAGGCGAUGUUCUGUUUCGUGGAGGACACGUGCCUUGCAGGAGAAGUACAGAUGAAUCAAGUUCCAUUGACUCCCACCAUUGUUGUAUGUGGACGCUCCUGCUUUUCUGCAAGAAGGUUCAUGUUAAGUGUGGAUCAAAGCAUUGUACAUGACAACAUCCUUUCCUUCACAUCUGCCCUUUGCUUGAUGUUUGCCAGCUAUUAUUGCUUCAACAUCCAUUACCCAUCGGACUUGGCAUCAACCCUGGAGUUUCUGCAGAGGUGUUUUUUCUCCAUCAACCCAGAGAAGGGCACUAAAGUAGAGAAGACGCGUACCUCCCGACUUCAUGUGAACCCCAGAGUCCUCACCUUGAUUCAGGAGCUUUCAGAUUAUGAGUGGCGUGAUGUUUAGAUAUGGACUAAGAUCAGUAAGUUUUGUUCAAAUGUGAAC